AUGUACUCCCACACGCGUACACUCGCACUCGCACUACUUUUGGCCUGCCUUGUUGCGCUCGCACAGGCCAACACGCACUCCCCGCUCUCGUCCUCGCACACCCGCAAGUCGCUCGCAUUCCGGAAGAAGCCGGUCAAGGAGCUCGAUGCGCCCGCCCUGCACGGCCGCGACCCUCAAUUCGGCGGCGGGGACGACGACGGAGGGUUCAAUCUGAGCGGAUUCAUAUUCACGCAGACGCGCACGGAUACGACGCAGACGUAUAAUCCCACCUCGACGGCCACCACCACCACGACGGCCACCGACUCGACGGCGACGACCACUGCCACGGAUUCCACCGCGACUACUUCUGCGACGGACUCGACCACCACCACCACGUCUACCUCGACUACCACCACCAGCACCUCGACAACUUCCUCGUUCGGGUGCGGUCUGUUGGGACUGGAGGCCUGCCCCGCGUCGACGACGACCACGGACGCAGCUCCCACGAGCACAGACCCGACCACUACUGAUGCCGGCUCUGCUCCCGGCACGACCGACGCCGCGACGAGCACAGACCCGGCAACUACCGACGCCGCGACCACGACGUCGACGACCCCGUCGACCGGGUGCGGCCUGCUCGGGCUGGAGGAGUGCACCAGCACGAGCUCCACUGAUGCCGCCUCGACUGCGCCCACGAGCACGGAUGGGUCGAGCACCGACAGCACGGCACCCAGCAGCACUGCGCCGGCUGAUACUACUUCCGCCGCCGCAUCGUCGUCCACUGCGCCCGCCAACACGUGCGGUCUGCUCGGUAUUGGAGCUUGUACCGACAGCUCCUCGACCGCGGCUGCUACUUCUGCGGCCGAGACGUCCGGCUCUGACGCGACUUCGACUGCUGCGGCUACUUCUGCUGCUGCGUCUUCGUCCACCGCACCCGCCAACACGUGCGGCUUGCUCGGUAUUGGGGCUUGCACCGAUAGCUCGACUGCUUCUGCUACUUCCGCUGCGGAGACCUCUAGCGCCGGUUCGUCGGCAACUGCAACUGGUACUGGCGUAGCGACGACCACGUCUGCACCCGCUGAUACCAGCUCUGCACCGGCUUCAUCUUCGACUGCUUUCACUUGCGGUCUGCUGGGAAUUGGCGCGUGCACGGAUAGCUCGACUGCAUCUGCAACCGCCACUGCUACGGGCAGUGCAUCGUCUGCCUCCGCUACCGCAACCGCGUCUGGCACAGAGUCGGCCAGCGUCACUUCGUCGGCUACUGCCUCUGGAUCGGGCUCUUCGGCUUCGGCCACGGCUUCUGCUACCACUUCGUGUGGUCUGUUGGACUCGCUUUCGGGCAAGUGCUCGACUUCUGCGUCGAGCGCUUCGUCGACUGCUACGGGCACUUCUACUGGUACGAUCACUAGUGGGCUCCCGAUUACUACGGCUAUCGGCAAUAGCACCACCACCACUACGUCUGGUCUGCCGAUUACGACGACGACCACGGAUAUUGGUAACGCGACGUCGAUCAUUACCUCGGGCCUGCCCACGUCUACCCCGAUCAUCUCGAGCAACAGCACUACCACCACAUCCACGCCGAUCACCACGCAGCCGGUCUCUGCCAACAGCACCACCACGACCACCACUGCCCUUAACAGCACCACCACGACCAGCGUCAUCAUCUCGUUCCCGAGCAGCAGCAACACCUCGACCAUCGCCACCUCGACGGAUGUCUCCUCGACGCUCACAUCGACCGCUUCGUCGACCAGCAUCACGCUCCCUGCCGCGCCCUCGCAGUUCUCGUUCCUCACGCAGACGUCGCUUCUGCUCGAACCCAGCACGACCUCCAGCUCGGUCUCGAACACGCAGACGAACCCCGAUGCGCCCGCGACUACGCUCUCCGUCGCUGCGCCGUCUUCCGCCGCAUCUGCGUCGGCGACCACUGCCGCAGCCGCACUCCCGACUUACCUCGCUGCGCGUGUCUACCCGCCCACCGGUACACCCGUUGCAGGCUCGACCUCGGGCGACACCCUCGUCUCGAUCCUGUUCGACUCCGGCCUUGGCUGGGAAUUCGUCAGCACCAACACGGACUCAGAGACGCAGCUGUUCAGCUGGAUGCCCAACAUCCUCGCCACAGCGCUCAACAUCACCUCGGAGGCCGUACAGACCUUCGCCCUUCAAGUGUACAUCCCGAGCGACUACACCGGCCCCGCGGACGUCGCGAAGCUCUUGACGACCUACAUGGUCUACCUCCCCACCUCCUCCGUCUCCGACCUCGCAGACCAGCUCAAAGCCCGCGGCAGCGCGUUCUACACCGCGCUCGGCAGCCCGUACAAGGACCUCGCGGCCCACGUGAACCCGAGCUUCGCCAUCACGUCCGUCAGUGCGAACAACAUCCCCGGCAGCGGCUCGAGCACCGAAGCGUCCUCCUCGAGCGCGAGCUCCAAAGACAACACGCGCACCGACGCCAUCAUCGGCGUCGUCUCCGCGCUCGGCGGCCUGACGCUCAUCAUCCUCGCGUUCCUCGUCUACCGCUCCAUCAAAAAGCGCCGCGAGCUCGCGCACACGCGGCUCGCGGAGCCGACGCAGCCCGAGCAGCCGUACGCGGACCGCGCGGGGCGCGACUUUGACCAGGACAGCGUCGGCGGGCAGCGGCGGCGGUCGUUCUACUUCGCCGAGGACAGCUUGAGGGGCUACGGCAGCGUCAUGAGCGGCGGCGGGUUCCAGGACCAGCCGCACCGGCAGAACGCGCAGAUGGCGCAGUGGGACGAGGGGCAGGCCGGGCCGAGCCACUUUGGCCAGCAGGGGUACGGGCAGCAGCAGGGGGGGUAUGAGGGGCAGCAGGGGAACACGGUCGAGUAUUCGUACCUCGACCAUGCUGGGCCGUCGGAGCCGGCUAUGAGGCAGCGAGGAGGCGGGCCGGCGAUUAACUGGUUUACGAGUGGCUUUCUCGAUGCUUUCUUCUUGACGACCGUGACGAGUCUACGCCGGGCCGGGGCUCGUGGUCCGUUCCCUAUUCGAUCCCUCUGCGCACAGCAUGCAGUAUACCACCACCCUCUAGCCGUGCUAGCGAGCUUCACUUCCUCAAUCCGUCCAUCCGUCCAUCCCUGCCUUCACCCCGCUCUACCCGCUUCACCCGCUCUACCCGCUUCACCCGCCUUACCCCCCAUUACCUACUGA